AUGGGGUCAGUAAAGAGGAAAUCAUUGGAAAAGGGGACCGAGGAUUGCGGGACUCCGCCAACAAAGCAACAGAAGGGGGAUGAAUCGAUGGUGUUGGUGGACGAGCCAGUGGCCUGCCUUCACCACGUGUCGUAUCCUGAAGGGUACGUGCACCGUGCCAGUUUGGCUAACCAGGAACACUCAACGCCGGCCAAGGAAUUUCCAUUUACUCUGGACCCUUUUCAGCUAGAAGCCAUCAGGUGUCUUAACAGUGGCGAAUCCGUCAUGGUUUCUGCACAUACGUCUGCUGGGAAAACAGUGGUGGCACUGUACGCCAUAGCUAUGUCAUUGCGUAAUAAGCAACGUGUGAUUUACACUUCCCCCAUCAAGGCACUUAGUAAUCAGAAAUACAGAGAGUUCAAAGAGGAGUUUUCAGAUGUUGGGUUGAUGACAGGUGAUGUCACCAUCGACCCGAAUGCUUCUUGCUUGGUGAUGACCACAGAGAUCUGGCGAAGCAUGCAGUACAAAGGAUCAGAAGUUAUAAGGGAGGUAGCUUGGAUUAUUUUUGAUGAAGUUCAUUACAUGAGAGACAGAGAGAGAGGUGUUGUGUGGGAAGAAAGUAUUGUUAUGGCCCCAAAGAACUCUCGAUUUGUGUUUCUAUCUGCUACAGUGCCUAAUGCAAAGGAAUUUGCUGAUUGGGUAGCAAAGGUGCAUCAGCAACCAUGUCAUAUUGUCUAUACAGAUUAUCGACCUACACCUCUUCAGCAUUACAUAUUCCCUUCUGGAGGUGAUGGUCUAUAUUUAGCAGUGGAUGAGAAUGGUAAGUUCCGGGAAGACAGUUUUCAGAAAGCAUUAAAUGCAAUCAAUCCAAUGAGUGAAGACAAAAAGAAGGAGAACAGGAAAUGGCAGAAAGGUGCAGUUUUGGGUAAAUCGGGUGAAGAUAGUGAUAUAUUUAAAAUGGUGAAAAUGAUCAUUAUGCGUCAGUACGAUCCCGUAAUAUGUUUCAGCUUCAGCAAACGAGAAUGUGAAUUCCUCGCUAUGCAGAUGUCGAAAAUGGAUCUAAAUAGUGAGGACGAGAAAGUAAACAUUGAAAAUAUCUUCUGGAGUGCUAUGGACAUGUUGUCAGAUGAUGAUAAAAAGUUGCCUCAGGUCUCAAAUAUGCUGCCCUUGCUGAAAAGGGGAAUAGGUGUGCAUCACUCAGGUUUGCUUCCCAUACUAAAGGAAGUCAUUGAAAUUUUGUUCCAAGAAGGAUUCAUCAAGUGCUUGUUUGCUACAGAGACAUUCAGCAUAGGGCUGAACAUGCCUGCCAAGACUGUCGUCUUUACUAAUGUACGCAAAUUUGAUGGAGAUAAGUUUAGGUGGAUAUCUAGUGGAGAGUACAUACAGAUGAGUGGUCGUGCUGGUAGACGAGGAAUUGACGAACGUGGGAUCUGCAUCCUUAUGGUUGAUGAGAAACUAGAACCUUCGACAGCAAAAACAAUGUUGAAAGGAAGUGCAGACCCUUUAAACAGCGCAUUUCACUUAAGCUACAAUAUGCUUUUGAAUCAAAUACGAUCUGAAGAUGGUGAUCCUGAAAAUCUGCUUCGUAAUUCUUUCUAUCAAUUUCAAGCAGAUCGAUCCAUUCCGGAUCUCGAGAAACAAUCAAAAGCCCUGGAAAACGAGAGGGAUUCCAUUAUAAUAGAAGAGGAGGAUAGCUUGGACAAUUAUUAUUCUCUUCUGCAACAAUACAAAUCUUUAAAGAAGGACAUCCGUGACACAGUAAAUUCCCCAAAAUACUGCUUACCCUUUCUGCAACCUGGAAGGCUUGUUUCACUCCAAUGCACAAUAAAUGAUGAGGGUUCCUCGUCAUUCUCUUUAAAUGACGAGGUAACAUGGGGUGUUAUAAUAAAUUUCGAGAGGGUUAAAGUACCAUCUGAAGAUGAUGUCAUCGAGAAGCCAGAAGACGCAAGCUACACAGUGGAUGUUCUCACGAGAUGUAGAGUGCACAAGGAUGAAAUUGCUAAGAAAACAAUCAAGAUUCUUCCAUUAAAAGAUCCUGGAGAACCAGCUGUUAUUUCAAUUCCUAUUUCACAGAUUGAUAGCUUAAGUAGUAUCCGGUUAGUAAUACCGAAGGAUCUUCUGCCAUUAGAAGCUCGAGAAAACACGUUGAAAAAGGUGUGUGAAGUUCUCAAUAGAUUUGCAAAAGAAGGCAUGCCUCGUCUAGAUCCAGAAGAUGACAUGAAGGUUCAAAGCAGCUCGUACAAGAAGGCAUCACGAAGGAUAGAAGCACUGGAAAACCUUUUUGAAAAGCAUGAAAUUUCCAAAUCUCCACUGAUUGAGCAAAAGCUCAAUGUUUUGCAUAUGAAGAAAGAACUUACGGCAAAAAUCAAAUUAAUAAAGAGAACAAUGAAAUCUUCCUCGGUCUUGGCUUUCAAAGAUGAACUUAAAGCAAGGAAAAGAGUACUCAGGAGACUAGGAUAUAUUACUAGUGAUGACGUCGUGGAGUUGAAGGGGAAAGUAGCAUGUGAAAUCAGCAGUGCGGAUGAAUUGACUUUAACCGAACUUAUGUUCAGUGGGCUUCUGAAGGACAUAAAGGUGGAGGAGAUGAUAUCUCUCCUCUCAUGUUUUGUGUGGCAAGAAAAGCUUCAGGAAGCUCAAAAGCCUCGGGAUGAGCUUGAGUUGCUCUUCACACAAUUACAGGAUACUGCACGUAAAGUGGCUAAAGUUCAGCUUGAGUGCAAAGUCCAAAUUGACGUCGAGAAUUUUGUGAGUUCCUUUAGACCGGAUGUUAUGGAGGCCGUUUAUGCUUGGGCUCGCGGAUCCAAAUUUUAUGAAAUUAUGGAAAUGACACCGGUUUUUGAGGGCAGCUUGAUUCGUGCAAUCCGGAGACUGGAAGAAGUCCUUCAGCAACUGAUACAAGCAGCAAAGUCAAUUGGCGAGACGGAUCUUGAAACAAAAUUCGAGGAUGCCGUCACUAAGAUUAAAAGGGAUAUUGUCUUUGCAGCAUCAUUAUACUUAUAG